UUCUGGAAGUCCGCUGCAUGCGGCCAUAUUUGCUAUUUGUUAUUGACACCACUUCUAAAAUCAGAUGUUAUUGUUGAAAGUGUGCACCUGUACUUUCGCAGAUGUUAUAUCAUACUGAAAUCUCAAACCCUACACUUUAGUAGGCUCUUGCGCACAUUUCAAAACCGUAGCACUCCAACCACUGCUAGCAGCUCAGUUUUACGCACGCGCCACUGGCAAGGCUCCAGAGGUUGGAUGGAGCCCACUUCAGCCGGGGCUACCGUUACUCAGAAGAUAGCUGGAGAGGGUCCUCUGAUUUAACAAAAUCUUAAUGCUUCUGAAAUGGGUAGUUUUUGUUCAAGGAGAGGACAAUGUGCUCGAGGAUGACAUCUGAACUAAUUAUUAAUUGUCCAAUGCUGUUUCCAAAAUUAUUUUGUGCAAUUUGAGGUAGAGAUGGAUACAACUUCGAAACCGCUCAACCUCUCAACAACCAUAUAUUUUCAGGAUUAUGGAAACGAGACGAUCAUCAAUCGUUUUGAACAGCCGGAUUGGCAAGUGGCACUGUGGGCAAUUGCUUAUUCACUGAUAGUGAUUGUGUCUGUCACAGGAAAUGUCACUGUAAUUUGGAUAAUUUUGGCGCACAAAAGAAUGAGGACAGUGACUAACUAUUUUAUAGUAAAUCUUGCAUUCUCAGACGUUUCGAUGGCUACUUUUAACACUGUCUUCAAUUUUGUUUAUGCUAUACACAACGACUGGUACUUCGGGUUGGGAUAUUGUAGGUUUCAGAACUUCUAUCCCAUCACAGCCAUGUUUUCAAGCAUUUACUCUAUGGCAGCUAUUGCGGUUGACAGAUACAUGGCCAUAAUUUACCCUUUGAAACCAAGGUUGUCCUCCACAUCCACCAAGAUUGUGAUUGGCCUCAUCUGGGCGGUGGCAUUCUCCCUGGCUUUCCCCCAGUGCUACUACUCUGUCACCCAGCAUUAUCCACCACGGACCAUCUGCAUGGUCAACUGGCCUGAUGACUAUGGUGGGAAACACCAUCUCACAUACCAGAUAGCUAUGAUCAUACUGAUCUACCUGCUCCCCCUGCUGGUGAUGUUGAUCACCUACAGCCUUAUUGGUCAGACACUGUGGGGCAGUGAGAUACCAGGGGAAGCCUCAGAUCACUACCAGAAUCAGAUCCAGGCCAAACGCAAGGUGGUGAAAAUGAUGAUAGUGGUGGUGAUGACCUUCGCCCUGUGCUGGCUGCCCUACCACAUCUACUUCAUCCUGGGCAGCUUCAACAAGGAAAUCUACAUGCAAACGUAUAUCCAGCAGGUAUACCUGGCCAUCUUCUGGCUGGCCAUGAGCUCCACCAUAUACAACCCCAUCAUCUACUGCUGCCUCAACCAAAGAUUCCGCUCGGGGUUCCGUCACGCUUUCAGCUGGUUACCCUUCAUAAAGGUGUCAGAGGAAGACAAGAUGGAAUUGCAGCACACACAGACCUUCAGGAUGACACGCAGCUAUCGCACUGAGAACACCAAGGGCACUGUGGUCCGCCAUAACUCCACCCAACAUGAUGACCACACCACAGUCAAGCUCAUGAAAUGCUAAGGACACGAGGACAUGCUCAAGCUCAUGAUGACAGUUGCUAGGAGAGGUCAAGUGAAACAAAUCAUGUUAUGAUUGUGUACAGUCACUCAGUCACGCCAAAUACCUCACAGAUGACUGUUAAUCCAGGAGGAGAAUGGGUUCCAGGAGAAUGGGAAGGAGAACUCCCAUGGCAUUAGCACCAGGCCUUAUAUGUUGCUGUGUUUAGGUAGUGAUAUUAUUUGUGUUGUUUUAGCAUAAUAUUGGUAUAUGUUGUGUGUUACCUGGCUUUGUAGACCAGAUUGUGAAACAUGCAAGUGAACCCACUUGUAAAUAUUUGCUGAAAUAUAAAGUAACUGAUAAGAGACUGAUAAAUUAACACACUUUAUUAAUAGUACACAAAUUCUAUGUGAUAUUUAAACUACACAGAUUAUUUUUCAGCUCACCUCUGAAAUAUGUUACCACUGUAGUCCUAGUUCUCUAGUAGAAUAUAUUGCAAUCUUUUCUACAGUAAUAGAACUGUUACCAAAAUCCAUACACAACGGAACUUGACUUGUAAUAGGCAACCUUUUAAUAGUUUUGUGGCAAGGGGAUUAAAAGAGUUAAAAAGAGUUGAAAGAGUUAAAGUACCAUUCAAAAGUUGAUACACCUACUCAUUCAAGGGGUUUCCUUUAUUUUUACUAUUUUCUACAUUGUAGAAUAAUAGUUAAGACAUCACAACUAUGAAAUAACACACAUGGAAUCAUGUAGUAACCAAAAAAGUGGUACAAUAUAUAUUUUAUAUUUGAGAUUCUUCAAAGUAGUCACCCUUUGCCUUGAUGACAGCUUUGAACACUUGGCAUUCUCUCAAUGCUAGAAUGAGUAGGUGUGUCCAAACCUUUGACUAGUACUGUAUAUGGGAUAGCUGUAGUGUCCCAUAGUGCACAUGUUGGCAGCUAUGGUGUAAAAUGUGGAAAAUAAUCUUUAACAAGUGUUUGCCAGUGCAAGAUGGUCCAAUUAAAAUAGUAUUGGAGUACAAUAGCCGUAUACAUUAUUCAAUGGUUCUCUGAAAUCAGAAAAAAGACUAUCAACACAUUGUUUAGAACACGAAAACAGUCAAAAACAAAUCAUGUGAAUUUAAAAAGGAUAAUGUAAUGUGCGGUAACUGUUGCCUUUGUUAAAUAUCACAGUGCAUAUUUCAUUUUUGUUUUGUGCCCUAGACUACUCUUUUUCAUGUUGUGACUUGUGAUGUGCUCAAAAAAUGAAAUUGUCAAAGUUAUAUCUCACUACAUUUUUUUGCUACCUAUGGUGUCACAUGAUGUAGGUCAUGCUUAUUGUAAUAUUGUUGUAUUUUGUAAAGUUGAUAUUGAUAUAGUGUAGCAUAGAAAAGUCACUCCACUGAGGAAUUGAUACAUUUAAAGUAUUGUAAAAUGUUACGCUGUGCAUUAUUGUAAUAUGCUGGUGCUGGCUACUUUGGAAAUUCAUUACGGCUAUGUUGAUAACAGUGUAGACAACUCAGGUCGGAUGACUUUCCAUCUCAAGAUAAUUGCAUAAUGCCAGUGUAUUUCAUAAAUUACUUUAUGAGGGCAAGUUCCUGUUAAAGUUAUUUCUUCAUAAAACAUUGUGUUCAUGUGCAGAAUGUUAUUUUAACAUUACCAUAACUGAAAUGAAAAACAUAUGUAGCUUUGCAUGACUGUGCAGACAUACAGUAUUGUAGGUGAAAUGAUUUCACAAAAUAACAUACAAUCUUGCUGCUAACAUAGCGUCUUUGUCCAGGGGCUUAACUGUUUAAUUUAUACUAUAUUAUUAAUGUACUGUACUAUCACUGGAACAUUUCAUGAACAAAACCUCAGAAUGGAAGUGGACCUUUAUUGAAAAGCUAUUUACAAUAGGUCUUUAUCUGAUGACUAACAACUUUAUAUUUGGUUGCACAUCAAAAUAAAUGUAAUUGAAU